GUAGAUGGGGCGUCGCACCCAAAGUCGGAAGGCUUUUGCCUUGCUGGCUGCGUGUGCCUUUCUCCUCGGGGUCCACUAGGCUGAGGCGCGGGACGGGUGAGAGGCGGCUGUCCGCAAGCCACUUUUGCAGGCCGUCCCGUCGGGUUUCCUGCUGAGCAUUGCCUUAGGACGUGGCAGACCCCGCGUUGAUGCUCCUCGAAGGGCAAAGGCAUGAUGCUGUAUCACCUGAUACUUCUUGCUGGAAUAUUUCUUGUACGCCAAGAGAUACUUGCAGUUCCCAGGUGUUCAGUGGAAAGAAGCAUUGCAUACUAUAACACGUGCCAUCUCACUCAUGUUCCUUCUGUCCCCGAAGAUGUUGUUACACUCUUCCUAAACUUCAAUUUCAUCCAGGAAGUAAAUGUCAGCUCCUUCCCAUUGCUGGAAAGACUGGAAAACUUGUUCCUUGGCAAUCAGUUGGUUUCCUCUGUAACCAUAGGGAAGGAGGCUUUUAGAAAUUUGCCAAAACUUGUGCAGUUGGACUUGGGUUACAAUAAAAAGAUUCAUCUGGACCCAGAUGCUUUUGUGGGCUUACUGAACUUGCGUAUACUUAGGUUGUUUUAUAAUAAAUUUACAGAGUCCAUUCUGGAAGGAUAUUACUUUCAAGAUUUGAUCUCUUUGGAAUAUCUGGAUCUUGCUUUUAAUGAUAUCACUCGACUUCAUCCUCACCCUUUAUUUUUCAACUUGACAUCCUUGAAGAUUUUGGACUUUACAUUAAACCAAAUUGGAAUCAUAUGUGAAGGAGAUCUUGAGAGCUUUCAAGGAAAAGAUUUCAGAUUGUUAAAACUUGCUUCUAAUCGAUUGUAUAAUAGAAAUUCAGUAGACUGGCAAAGUUGUGGUAAUCCCUUCAAGAAUAUUAGGUUUGAAACACUGGACAUCAGUGGUAAUGGCUGGGAUAUUGCUAUAGUAGAGCAAUUCUUUAAAGCUAUUCAGGGAGUGCCAAUUCAGUUUUUGAUGCUCUCUUCUCACACCAUGGGAGCUUCAUUUGGUUUUAGUAACCUCAAGGAUCCAGACAGUGAUACAUUUGCUGGUCUUGCUGUGACAGGCCUUCGUUUACUUGAUAUUUCACAUGGCUUUAUUUUCUCUCUCAAGUCAUAUGUAUUUCAGUAUCUUCAUUCUCUGGAGGUGCUUGAUCUUAACAACAAUAAAAUUAAUCAGAUCCAGAAAGCAGCAUUUUUUGGUCUCAGGAGCCUGAAUUCUCUAAACCUGUCAUAUAAUCUACUUGGUGAACUGCUAGAUGACACUUUCAAAGGACUUGAAAAUGUAACUUCUAUAGAUUUGCAACAUAAUCAUAUUGGUGUGAUUGAUCGGGCCCCAUUCAAAUAUUUGCUAAAACUUCAGUCACUGGAUCUCAGAGACAAUGCCCUAAAAACUAUAGACUCACUCCCACCAAAUCUCUUCAGUGCUCUAUUAAGUGGCAACAAACUAGAAUCUAAAAUAGAUGCUAUAAAUGCUUCCUUCCUUGAAUUGGGAGAAAACAGGUUGGAAGAUCUGAGUUACCUCUAUAAACUUCUCCAAUUUCCAGUUUUGCAGUAUGCAAUUUUAAGAUACAACCGUUUAUCUUUUUGCUCCAAAUACAAUAAUACUAUACCUGAAAACAAUCAAUUAAGCUACUUGGAUCUGGGCAACAAUAUGUUAAGGCUUAUAUGGGAGAGCAUGUUAUGCUUGGAUGUAUUCAAGGCACUUUCCAGGCUUGAAGUCCUCCAUCUCAAUAAUAACUAUCUUAGUUUCCUUCCAGAGAACAUCUUUAGUGGCCUCGUAUCACUGAAGAGACUUAACUUGGCUUCUAACCUGUUGACUUACAUUUCUCAUGGUACCUUCCCUAAGACCUUGAAGACACUUUACUUAUCAUCAAACCAGCUGCUUUAUCCAGAUCCUGAACUCUUUACCACUCUUGACUAUUUGGAUCUCACCUUUAACAGAUUUUACUGUGACUGUUCUUUAAGCAGCCUGAUCAUGUGGCUGAACCAAACUAAUGUCUCUAUAGCUGGAUCACCAAAUGAAAUGUUUUGUUUUGGUCCCCCAGUUCUAGCAGGUGUUUCCCUUUAUGCACUUUCUAUAGAUAAUUGUGAUGAAGACAAGAUGUUGGAGACUGUACAGUUUGCACUCUUUAUUUUUACCUGUGUUACCAUGAUAGUGUUCUUAGUGGUGAUGGUGGUCUUAACACACUUCAGAGGGACUUGUUUUGUAUGGUAUAAGACUGUAAGAAGAAUAGUGUUCAAGGAUCCUCAACCACAGUUGGAUGGAAAGAUACAUAGAUAUGAUGCCUACCUAUGCUACAGCAGCACAGACUUUGAGUGGGUCCAAAAAUCUUUGAUAGAGCAUCUUGAUACCCAAUACUCUGACAAAAACAGAUUUACCCUCUGUUUUGAACAUAGAGAUUUCCUGCCGGGUGAGAAUCAUAUAGACAACAUUCGUGAUGCCAUUUGGAACAGUAAAAAGACUAUUUGUGUUGUCACAAGGCAGUUCCUCAAAGACGGCUGGUGUGUGGAAGCCUUUAACUUUGCUCAGAGUAGAUUUUUUAAUGAUUUGAAGGAUGUCCUCAUUGUGGUGGUAGCAGGAUCACUUUCUCAGUAUCAGCUACUGAAAUACCAGCCAAUUAGAGUCUUUAUGCAAAGGGGCCACUACUUGAGGUGGCCUGAAGAUGACCAAGAUGUGGAGUGGUUUUUGAACACACUCUCACAUCAAAUAUUGAAGGAGAAGACAGCUAAGAAAUCCAAGAUGCUAGAACUGCAAACUAUAACUGGGCAUUAAUUGGCUGGUUUAGCUAUACCAACUGUUCUUCAAAGAAAAUGCCAGUUCUUCAGACACAUUGAGUUGGAUUCAGUGAUCUGUCGGCAGAUAUGGAUUUUUGCCAUCUCCCCCACUGUCAAUUCACAUCAGUCAGCACCUUCUGACACUAUAAUGAUGAUUCCUGGGGUUGUGGGAAACAUAUUGAUUCACAGCCGCAUGGGUAAUGGGGCUGCAAUUUUAAAAAAGGGGGUGGAGUAACCCCAUCCUCACUCUACUACAGUGACAGCUCCAUCAGUGUUAGGAGGAGGGCCAUUUUACUGAUCUCCAUUCUCUGUUGUAAUCCUUGUGAUCUGCCUGACUAUUAACCCGCAUGGAUCACACAACCCCCAGAAUCAACUUCCUCAGGGUUGGAAGGGACUGCUGGCAGCAGGGGAACAUGCCAAACAGCUGUGCUCCUUCCACUUAUAACUCCAGCGGUUUCUACCCAUUUAGCCCUAGUCUUUCUCCAUGAGCAAGGCAAACCAUGCCUUGAAAUAGUUUUAUAUGAGCAUUUUCGUGAUCCUUAGUCUUUCUUCUUCACUGCUGGAUAUCAAGCUGAAUGUCCAGCUCUUGAUUGAUGGAUGUGAUUUCAGUCAUCCUGAAGAAGUCUGUGUGCUGCACUGAAGAGACAUUCUGAAUUUACUUAAUUAACAGGGCAUCAGUCUUUGUAAUGGGUGUGAUGAAUAUAAACUCUUGCUUUUAAGAUUUUCUAAGUUGAAAAGCAAUUCCAUUACUUCUCAUAUAGACUUGAAAACUUGUUACAAAUGUUAUAGCGCUGUUUCUAACCUUUGCAAUUUCAGAGAUUGUAUUGGAACACUUAUUCCAUGUUUCAGCAUGCCCUUUUUAGUAUACAGCCCAGUUGGUUUCCUCUGCUUAUGCUUAUUGUCUUCUCAUUAUAAAUUUUAUUUUUUAAAAAAAGAAAAAACCCUGCCACAGGUAGCAUUUUUUAAUUUCCUGGAAGACUAGUAAAUAAAAACUGCAAAGUGUGAUAUUACUACUUUUUAAAAUAUUAGGACCAACUAUGUCAUCACAAAUUCUAAGCAAGCUACUACUGUGACAACUUUGCUAGUCCUGAUAAAACCACACUGCAUUGUUGUCUGUGUGUGUGUUUGUGUGUAUAUGUGUGUGUGUGAUUUUUUUUCCCUAAAGGGUUAACACGUUAAUUAUUGUGUUGUCUAUUUGGGCAACUACAAUAACAACUGUAUGUAAACUAUCUCAAAGGCAUCAACAUCAUAGUGAGGUAAACUAAAUUCUGUACCCCCUACUGCAUUUUUUUUCAUUUUGAUUGGAUCCUGCCUACUUUCCUGUUAAAGAGGAACUUUUCUGUUAAAGCCCUUCUUAACUAUUGAAAAGAAUGAGGGAUUCUCAAAUACCUGCUGGUUCAGUUCACAUUCUGUUUGUCAGUCACAAGCAGGGAGUUUUGACUGAACAGGUCAACUAUUUCUUGUGUUGGGUAGUCAAGGUACAGUGCAAUUGGCUGUUUCAUACAUGCACUGAUUGGGGUUCUAGCCUCCCCCCUACCCAUAGACCUUCAUGUGCUGCUUAUCGCUUGGCUACCAAUCAUAUGAAUAAACAGUGAGCAAGUUAAUCUGUCAGUGAUUUUAAAUAAAAGCUCUAUUUUUUCAAAAGCCUUAUCUUCUGAUGUUUGCUUAUGCCUAUGGUGCUGAGUUUAUUUCACACACAUGUUUUUGCCUAAC